CUCGGUCGGCAUUUCCUUCAUAAACCUCCCCCUUCCCCCGUCCGAUCUGGUUUGUCUCGUGCUCGACAGCCAUCCCUCUCCGUCAUUUUUGUUCUUCUCGGGCCCUCCUCCCGCAGCAUUCAUUUGUAACAGAUACUGCUUGUCUGUAUACCCCACAAAGCCGCGAAAUCCAUCGCCAUGGCUGCACCAGAAGGGGUUGUGCCCACCAAGGUCGAGGCCGAUGAGAAGGCCACCGGUGGCCUUCCUGGCUAUGAUACCGGCAGUGGACAGGAGAUCCGAGGCGACAUCAGCGAGGACAGCUGGGCAACACGCAAUGGCCUGAAUAUGAAAUCCUUCACGAAGAAGGAAUAUGGUCGCGGCAUCGUCGAACUCGACCGCGCUAUGAGCUCUCGCCAUCUCCACAUGAUUGCCAUUGGCGGUUCCAUUGGUGCUGGUUUCUUCGUCGGUUCCGGUGGCGCUCUGAGCAAGGGUGGUCCCGGUUCGCUCUUGAUCGACUUCGUUCUCGUGGGUAUCAUGAUGUUCAACGUCGUGUAUGCCUUGGGUGAACUCGCUGUUAUGUAUCCCGUCUCUGGUGGCUUCUACACGUACUCGACUCGCUUCAUCGAUCCUUCGUGGGGCUUCGCCAUGGGCUGGAAUUACGUUUUCCAGUGGGCCAUCGUGCUACCGCUUGAGUUGACUGUCUCUGGCCUUGUUGUCGCAUACUGGAAUGACUCUGUCAACGUGGCCGUUUGGAUCACACUUUUCCUCGUCGUCAUCAUCAUCAUCAACAUUUUUGGAUCUAUAGGAUACGCCGAGGAGGAGUUUUGGUCGUCCUGCCUCAAGCUCGGAGCCACUGUCGUCUUCAUGAUCAUCUGUCUCGUCCUCGUCCUCGGUGGCGGACCGUCCAGCGGCAGAUACAGCGAAUACCAGGGUGCGAAGACGUGGUAUGACCCGGGCGCAUUCCGCAACGGUUUCAAGGGUUUCUGUUCCGUCUUCGUCACGGCCGCUUUCUCCUUCUCCGGUACCGAGUUGGUCGGUCUUGCUGCCGCCGAGGCCAAGAACCCCGUCAAGACACUUCCCGGUGCCAUUAAGCAGGUAUUCUGGCGUAUUUCGCUCUUCUACAUUUUGGGCCUGUUCUUUGUCGGUCUGUUGAUUCCCUCUGACGACCCUGCGCUGCUCUCCGAGUCUGCCUACUCUGACGUCAAGGCCUCUCCUUUUGUGUUGGUCGGCAAGUACGCCGGUCUCGUGGGUUUCGACCACUUCAUGAACGUUGUCAUCCUCGUCUCUGUCGUGUCGAUCGGUGUGUCUGGCGUUUACGGUGGUUCGCGUACCCUCACUGCCCUGGCCCAGCAGGGCUAUGCGCCCAAGAUCUUUACCUAUAUUGACAGAUCAGGACGCCCGCUGCCUUCUGUGCUGGCUGUCAUCAUUUUCUCGCCUUUGGCAUAUAUCAACCUUAGCGCGAGCGGCCCUGUUGUGUUUGACUGGCUGUUGGCUCUUUCUGGUCUGGCUGCGGUCUUCACCUGGGGAUCCAUUUGCCUGGCGCACAUUCGCUUCCGUAAGGCGUGGGCCUACCACGGUCACACCGUUGAUGAGAUCCCGUUCAAGGCCAUUGGUGGCGUUACUGGCUCCUGGAUCGGACUCUUCCUCUGUUUCAUCGUGCUUGCUGCUCAGGUAUGUGAAAGUUCUUUCGACGGGAUCAGAUGUUGCAUGCUAACAAGAAUCCACAGUUCUACACUGCCAUUGCUCCCCCUGGAACGACCGAGCUCAACGACGCUGAAGGCUUCUUCAAGUCGUACCUCGCCCUUCCCGUUGUCAUCGUUUUCUGGCUUGGUGGCUUCUUCUGGAAGCGCACUGGCUGGCUCCGUACCGCCCAGAUGGAUGUCGACACUGGCCGCCGUGAACUUGACUGGGACGAGAUCCACGCAUACCGUGCACACAUCGCUUCGCUCCCUGCAUGGAGGCGCGUUCUCCACAAGGUGUGGUAGACAGCUUUGGUGUUUGCCAAAGGAGGAACUGCGUGCUACUGCACAUUCAUGUAUUUUAAUCAAAAUCCUGCGUUGAAGAUGAUCAGGAUGGGACCAACGUCAUCUUAGCACGCAUGGAAAGUAUCUGGUGCAUUCCAUGCUCUCACUGCAUGGUGGCUAGGACAAUACGAAGUGGAUUUUCUGCGUAUUCGGCCGCAAACUUAUCUCGGAGAGCAGC